CGAUCAGUGACAGUGUAGUACUAGUGAUAAUGAAGUGGUGGUGCUAGUGCAUUUAUCGAUGUUCUUGGUCUUAAAAAUAAAUUAAAUAACAUUCUAGUGUAUAGUACUAAUUGUUUCUCACUAAUGAGAAGCUUCAGACAUGAGUAGUGACGAUAAAUCAUUUGAUUUUGUGGUAACUUGUGUUGUGACAGAACAUAACCUCUUUCGGUGGUGAAUUUGUGUGUCUAGUGCAAUGGGCGAGCAAUUGUGCCAGGGAAAGGACGUCUUCGAGAGGAUGAAUUAUCUCUUCCAGGCGGGUCAGUUACUAUCAAGGAGGGAUCAUGUUGCUGCUUCGUUAUGUGGAAACGUUAUGGUCAACUGUUCAAAACGAUCUGUUCUCAGAAUGGAACCCGAAAUCAAACGAAGCAUCUGUAAGAGCUGUCAGGUACCCCUGGUACCUGGGGAAUCUGCCAAAGUCAGAUUAAUAUCGAAGCCAGUUAAGGCUGUAAAGUGGACGUGCCUCCUGUGCAAAACGACUAGGACAAUUCCAACGAAACGGGGGUAUAAAUUGUGGACCGAACAGGCGGAGUCUGUUGUUAAAACUUUUGAUUACACUCCAAAACCUGUAGACAUAGUCGACAGAGAUGGGAAGCUAAUUGAGCGGUCUGUGGGACCAAUGAAAGAGAAAAAUUCUUGUGAUGUUGUUACCUCCGUUUAA